AAAUGACAACCCCACAACCACCCAGAAACCUUCAUGCUCCUUUGCGUCGUGUGCUUCCUGAAAAGCAAAGUAGUGGAGUUCAAAAUGUGGUAAUUCAACAACAACAACAACAUAUAUCCUCACACCCUUUACUAUUCAAUUUAAAAUCCAACGACACCACAACCUCAGUAGAUUCGAGUUAUUCCUCAGACCAUUCCACACUUUCACGAGAAACUAGCGACAGUUCAAAUACUUCUUCCUCUUCAAAAGAAUUUUUUGAAAAAAAUUUUUUAGAAGAAUUAUCUUCUGUUCCCCCUUCAAGUCUUUCCGAGGAAAAAGAAAUAAAUGAUUCUUUAUUAGAAUUUGCAAUUAGAUUGGGGUUUGAUAAACAACAAUUAAAAAUUGUUUUAAAUAAAUUAAAUAAAAAUGGACAAAAAGAGGAGGACGAUAAAGUUUUGUUGGAAUUAAUUAAAUUGGGAGGAAGAAGAAAGGAAGAAGAAUUAAUAGAAAAUAAUUGUAAUAAUUAUUUAAAAUUAUUACGCCCUAUUGUUAUUGAUGGAAGCAAUAUUGCUAUGACUCACGGAAACAAAGCCUUUUUCUCCUGUCGUGGUAUUCGUGAAUGUGUUAAUUACUUUACAGAACGUGGACAUACAGACAUUUUAGUUUUUGUCCCUCAAUUUCGUCGAGAACAAUCUAGAUCAGAUUCUCCAAUUAUUGAUCAGCAUAUUUUAAAUGAAUUGGAAAAAGAAGGAAAAUUAAUUUGGACACCAAGUAGAAGAAUAGGUGGAAGGAGAAUUGUUUGUCACGAUGAUCGUUAUAUUUUAAAAACAGCCUCGGAAAAACAAGCAGUAAUUGUUUCCAACGACGAAUAUAGAGAUUUGGUUAAAGAAAAUCCCCGAUGGCGUUCUGUCGUUGAAAAUUAUCUUUUAAUGUAUAGCUUUGUUGAUGGAAAAUUUAUGCCCCCCGACGACCCUCUUGGAAGGCAAGGCCCCAAUUUAGACCAAUUAUUAACUUUUGGACAUUCCUCUAUUAAUUCACAACCUUGCCCUUAUGCUAAAAAAUGUACUUAUGGAAAUAAAUGCAAAUAUUUUCAUCCUGAACGACCCAAUGGUGUACGUAUUGGAGCUGUUGAUAAAUUAAUUGGGAAUAAUUUAAAUAAAAAACAAUAUUUAACAGCAAGGCCAUCAUUAGUUGCCGAAAGUGUUUCUUCUUCCUCCUCUCCUUAUUUGUCUCCCCCUCCUUCACAUACAAAUGUUGGAAGAACUAAAUCUUUAAAUUUAACAGAAAUGUCAAAAUUUAAUGGAGAAAUUAAUUUAAAUCCACUAUCAUUACAACAAAAUACUUCAACAACAACAAAAGAAAUUAAUCAAAAUCAAAAUAAUUUUAGUCACAUGUUUGCCCCAAGUACAAGCAUUUGGGGAAGUUGUGAAUUUUCUUUAAGUCCAAAAACAACAACAAAUUUAUUUAAUAAAGAAGAAAUAAAUAAUAAUAAUUUAGAAAAGCAAAGACAACAUUUACAAUAUCAUUUAAGCCAAUUAUUUCCGGAAGCAACAGUUUUUGCAGUUAUGGCUGCACAUCCACAAGAAAUGGAUGCACAAAUACUUUGCCAACGAAUAAUUGCUUUCCAAAAAGGAUUUCAAAAAGAAAUUGAAAAAUAA